UCGUCGUCAUCAAUAAACGGUAUGAAUUAAACCAGUGUCAAAAGUCAUGCAAACGACGGAGUUGUAGCAUUACGCGGCGUGCUUAUUCAUUUAUUUAACGGCGCUUCACUGCCACGGAUUUUGUGUUGCAAUUGAUAGAUUCUAACGAUUUCACAAAAAUUGGCAAGACUACAUAAUACUAUCUUCCUCACUUAUCUUCCCUGGUACGCUAAAAAUCUGUUGCUUUUCGCCAGCUGAGUAAACAGAAACGAGUCAACAGUGUGCCAUAAAUGUUCCGACGUGUCCUUUCGUACAGCAUAAUUGGCGCCGGCGUCGUUAGCACCGGUCUCAGCCUACACACCAACGACUAUGAUGUCAAUUCGUUGGGUAUUGUGCGUCUCAGCCGUUCGGCAAUCACCGUUUUCGAUGUGGCGCUCACCUACAAACGUGAACUCUACUAUAGGGAGUGGGACAAAAGUACGCCCGAAUACAAAGCGGAAAAGAGUCGUGUACAUAAGAUAGCCGCAGAAAAGCUGCUCGAUCUCAUUUGCGUCAAUAAGGGUGUUUACAUAAAGACCGGUCAACAUAUUGGUGCACUAGAGUACUUAUUACCCAAAGAAUUCGUGCAAACCAUGAAGGUACUACACUCGAAUGCGCCACAAAAUCCCGUCGAAGAUCUGUAUAAAGUCAUACGGCAGGAUUUGAAACGUAACCCUGAGGACAUUUUUGCAACAUUCGAGACGACACCGCUUGGUACCGCCUCACUAGCGCAGGUUCACAAAGCGACUUUAAAGACGGGCGAGGUGGUCGCUGUCAAAGUACAACAUCCUUAUGUGAAGGGUAACUCACGUGUGGACAUGAAAACAAUGGAGGUUUUAGUGAAACUUAUGGGGCUGGUUUUUCCUGACUUCAAGGUGCAAUGGUUGGUCGAUGAGUCCAAAAAGAAUCUGCCUAUCGAAUUGGAUUUCCUAAAUGAGGGCAAAAAUGCCGAAAAAGUUGCCAAACAAUUCCAGAAAUAUUCAUGGUUGCGCGUACCGAAAAUUUACUGGGAACUAAGCUCACCGCGUAUACUAGUCAUGGAGUAUCUCGAAGGUGGACAAGUCAACGAUCUCGAUUAUAUUAAAAAGCAUAAAAUCGAUCCAUUCACUGUGUCCAAUAAAAUCGGCCAACUUUAUUCGGAGAUGAUCUUCACAACAGGUUUCGUGCACAGUGAUCCACAUCCUGGCAAUAUACUGGUGCAUAAAAGUCCAAAGGGGCAAGUAGAAAUCGUAUUAUUAGACCAUGGGCUCUAUGCAAAUCUAACGGACAGAUUUCGUUAUGAGUACUCCAAACUUUGGCUUAGCAUUCUGAAUGUGGAUCGCAAGGCGAUGCGUGUUCAUAGUCAGAACUUGGGCAUCAAAGGUGACUUGUAUGGAUUGUUUGCGUGUAUGGUAACGGGUCGUCCUUGGGAGACGCUUAUUCAGGGCAUCAACAAAGUCAAAUACUCCAAAGAAGAGAAAGCUACGCUACAAAACAAUACCUCACUCGUGUUACCGCAUAUUUCCGAUGUGCUGGAGCAAGUCGAUCGUCAGAUGUUGCUCAUACUGAAAACCAACGACCUGAUACGCGGCAUUGAGGCUACGCUUCGCACACAAAACCGCAUGACCGCCUUCUGGGUAAUGUCCAAAUGCUGUGUACAUUCGACGUUCAACGAACAGAGGUCGCUUAACACAGCGCGCUGGACCGCUCUGCGGUUGGCGGUGCGUGAGAAAUGGGAGAUAUUCAAAUUAAACAUCUACUAUGUGUAUUUGGGUGUCGUGAAUUUCGGUUUCUUGGCGGCGUUAAAACAGAUUUUAUAGAGUUACGGGUAACUAAGUAACUAUGGCUUAGCAAAUGAAGAUCAAAUAUUUCAAGUUGUUUCGUAAUUGCUUUUAAAGUUUAUAUAUGUAUAAGUAAAUUAUGGUUGUAUGCGUGUACAUAUGUAUGAAUUGUGUUGAUUUAUUUUUUAACUUAAAAAUAGCCAUUUUUCGAUGUGAAACUUUUUGCAACUAAACGACAAGGUAACUGCAGCGUACAAAACAAUUUAAGUUAUUACAUAAGCUAACAUCCAGCGAGUAAUCUAAUAAAUUAUAACAACAAUAAAAUGUAUGAAUUUCUAUAUUGAUAAAUAAGCGA